CGGACACGACGCUGAGAAGCUGCAACCUUACUGAGCAAUGCGCAUGCAUUGGCAAACCGUUUCGACGAACCAGAACAUAGCUUUGGUGCUCUGUCAGCAAGAGAAUUACCGGUACUCCAGUCGCGUAAUCUCCACGGUGCAGUUUAGAAAGGUCAAAUAUUUCCCGUUCACCGGUCGACUAUCUACGCGCAAGUCUGAAGUGGCUGAGCGGCGGUUGAUAGCAGAUCGGCCUCCCCACUCGGUCAGCGAAGGGCAACCCGAGCUUCGAAAUCAGAGGUAUUAAAGUGAAGUUCCCGUCGCUCACAAACAAGUCUAUCUCUCUUUGUCUCAAGGCGUCCUUCUCCUCCUUCGCACCCCAAGAUGGACACUCCAGCUGUCCCAAUGCCAAAAGAUGAACAGGAGCGGCAAAUCUUAGAUCGGCUCACUGUUAUCCGAGACAAGCUGCUGCUUCUGAAGAGGGACCGUACACAGUACAUUAGAUCUCAAGAUGUCAUGGUGCUCUAUGACCAGUUAGUGGACCAGGUCAAGCAAUUGAAUGAGAUCCGCAAGGGCGAGCAUAGGGGGGAAAACAGACUGGACAGAGUUCUCGAGAGUUGUUUACAGCUCAUCUCACUUUUCUUCAUGACAAUCGGACGAACGAACGACGUCCCUGCAGCCUACGCGUUGACAUCGACCAUCAAGCGCCUCUUGGAUCACCUGACGGAAGCGAGACUCUUCUCACCUAAGGACCUCGACAGCAUAUCCAACACAUUAGGCAGACUUGAUGGAAUCCUGAAGAACGCCGAGUCGGCGCACUCGCCAUAUCUCGUGGAGCUGUUGGCACAUAGGGAGGCAUUGUGCAAGUCCAUGCUGACCAAUCUGCGCAAGCAGCUGGACCAGCUGGACGAGCCGUUACAGGCGACCUACGAGAGGUUGAUCUCCAUCAUGCGGUCUAUGUCGCUUGCCAAUACCAAGUCGAAGUUUUCUGUCACUGAAGUCCAAAAGUUCAUUGCGAAACUGAAGGAGAUCGAAGGAACCAUGGUGAACGGCAAGUUUGUGGAUGCUGAAGGCAAGGAGCUGCGUGGAAGCGAUGCGGUCUCAGAAUUGCUGAAGCGAUGCCUGAUGUGGUCGAACAUUGUGAUCGAGAGAAAGGGCGAGAUCCCAGAAGCCUUCCGGGACAAGUACAACGUUCUCAUCAAUAUCCGCAACGAGCUUGAGAAGCUGUCGAUCACGCAGGCCUGGUCGCUGCGCGAGACAGACCUGUACGACUUCCAGCGCGAACUCGACAAGAUUGACGAGUCGAGGGUGGAUGGCAACUGGCUGGAUCAAGACGGCAACCCGGCUGAGCUCUACGUCCAGCGGACUCUGCUCUACCUCAUCCGACGUAGCUACGGCUACAUCUAUUACCUUAUGAUGUCCUCCGAGCCGGUAUCGGAGGCUCUGCUGCCUAUCUACAACCAGUUGCAGACACUGAAGCGGUGCUUGAUCGAGGUCAAGAAUUCAGGGGGGGUCAGCUCAGUGCGGGAGCUCUAUCCUUACAGCAUGAAGCUGAACUCGAUUGACAACAUGAGGGUGGACGGCAAGUUCAUGGUCGGUGACGACAUCCCAGAAGGCCAAGGGAGUGUAGCAGAGCUGUUGGCGGAAUGCUUCGAUCUCAACUACGAGCUGAGGGUCGCCGUGGAGGAAUCGGAGGGGAGCGGGAAGGAGAGCGGGAAGCAGAGCGGCGCAGAAUCGCCUGCCCCGCAAGGGACUGCAUGAUGGCUGUAUGGGUUUGUGUAUGAGUACGAUCAGUCUACGGUUUGGUGGUUCUGUUGUAUGGCGUUCUGAGCAGGCACAUGGCGGGCAUAUCGAAGCGGCAACGCCAAUUAGCGGUUUCCACGGGGCUCAGGGGGAGGUCACAUCGAUAUUUGUCUGGAAGAACA